UUGGGAGACUUCUUUCCAAUUGUAGCUGGCGUUGCAAGAGCCAAACAGGUUCGAAGUCGUUUCCGGGAUGAGCGCCAGAAGCAGGUCACCCAGCGCCGCGCUGACGAACAAGCCUUCCUUGACCAGCUCCCUGGUUUCGGAGGUGGGCUCAAUGCCGAGGAUCAAACCUAUGGGGGAGUGACUCAGAAUGUGAACGGAUUUGGUGCCAGAGCCAGCGAUCGCGAUGCUUGGUUUCGCAGUUUCCGGGCCCAAGGAUCUCAUGGUCGGAACGAUUUCUAUCUACUUCAGGAAACUCAUGUCGAAGUUGGCGACAUCGACAAAUACUCGGACCUGUAUGCG